AGAACUGAGCCGAUGACAAGCAGUUGUAAGCAGUUGAUGGUGAAUGCUCAGUAAAAAUGGCGCUCGCCGAAAUUUGUGGUAUCAAUUCUUACGUUGAUUUUGGCUAUUCGCAAGACAAAGAUAAGAUUUCCAAUGAGAUCGAGGGAUAUACCAGAAAUUUUACUAAUAAUCUCCAACUGGCGGUACCGCCAUUCAUAAAUCCAGCUGAAACUCUGGGUCGCAUAGCUCAGGGUACGGAUGAGACUGGAAAACACUUAAAAAUUAAAUUUGAUCAUGGUACAACCACUUUAGGCUUUCAAUACCAAGGUGGUAUUAUCCUGGCAGUGGAUUCACGUGCAACAGGAGGACAGUUUAUCGGCUCAUCCACAAUGAAGAAAAUAGUGGAAAUUAAUGACUAUCUUCUUGGCACUUUGGCUGGUGGUGCCGCUGACUGUGUCUAUUGGGAUCGUGUUUUAGCGAGACAAUGUCGCAUGUAUGAACUCAGAAAUAGAGAACGCAUUUCUAUUGCAGCUGCAAGUAAAUUGUUGUCAAACAUGAUUUAUAAUUUCAAAGGAAUGGGAUUAAGUAUUGGUAUGAUGUUAGCUGGUUGGGACAAACGAGGCCCUGGACUUUAUUAUGUCGAUUCAGAGGGCACUCGUACUCCAGGAAAAGUUUUCAGCGUAGGUUCUGGAUCCGUGUUUGCGUUUGGUGUACUCGAUUCCGGUUACAAAUGGGAUUUAACUGACGAGCAAGCUUAUGAGCUUGGAAGAAGAUCAAUUUACCAUGCUACACACAGAGAUGCGUAUUCUGGCGGUAUCAUAAGAGUGUAUCACAUGAAAUCCACUGGCUGGGUGCAUAUCUCGGAUGAAGAUUCCAAAGAUCUGCAUUAUGCGUAUAAAGCUGAGAAUGAAGCAAUACCAAGCACCUCCUCCUAGAUUUAAUGUGUGUGUAUAAGCAAAUCAUUUAUAAAAUAAAACGAGAUGAUUUUCAA